GAGUGGAAACAGGACGCCGACCAACGCGUCAAGGCGUUCAACGACGGCCAGGAGCAUGUCCGCAAGAUCGCAUUCAGCGCUAAGCAGUCCGCCAGCAAUCCCGUCAAGCGCACAAGAGCCGCUGCUGAUAACCCGCCACCAGCGGCGCUUGCCGUUGGUGGCCCCCUAUUCCAGAAGGGCAGCAGCAGGCACAACCACCAAGGCAACCUAAGCUACCGCCCGCGGUUGCAGCACCAGCUGGGCCAGCCGCCGAAACCGCUGCCCAGCCCGCUGCUGACGCACCUGUUCAAGCCGAUCGGGCUGGAGACCCACGUGUACGCGAAGGGCAUCCAGGGCCAGGUCGGGAAGCUCGCCGUGGACACCUGGAAGCUCUCAGCCACGCUGGCAGUGCCGACCCGCGACUCGGACAAUGGGGCGCACGGUGGCGAGUGGAUGCUCGGCCCCAUGGGCAUCGCAACCACCGCCUUUGAGGGCUGCAGGGGCUAUUAUUUCAAGCGCCAUAGGGGGCCGCCGUUCGCGGGCUUCUCGCCCGGCAUUCUGCGGGCCAAAAGCGGCGACAUCGUCGUUGUCGCGGCCACUUGCGACAAGGGCUUGGGCUCCGUGUGCGACUGCGCCAUUGUGCCAGCGGACCUCGUCGCGCAUGUCGACGCGAAGGCGCGCUUCGUCGUGCGGUGGAGGGCCCGGGACUAUAGAAAAUUCCGAGGGUCUCCGAAGGCCGCCUUCCCCGAGCCAGACCAAGGAAGGGCGCAUUUUUCACCGACGCAGAAGAUGAACGUCACCUACGCUAAUUGGGUCGCCGCCCUCGAGAUCGCGUUCCUGGAGACCCGCGACCUGCCCGCUGAGGGUGGGGGGCCAGGUGCCGGGGCCGGGCCGAGGGCUAAGAUUGCGAAGCAGACCGCGCGGGCUUCACCAGGCCGCGCGCCCGAGAGGCAGGGCGUCGAGCAGCCCGCCGACAUCUGCGACGAAGUGGAGGACUACGGACUGCGGUCGCAAGUCCGCUCUCCCAUCGCCGACCAGUGGCCCCGCGAGCUGGGCGAGUUUUGGGGCGCCGCCAUCGAGGGGCCCAGCGAGCUCAGGGCAGCGCUUGUCGCGGCUCUCCUGGGCGGAACGGCGGCGUCUUUCGGCGCCGUGCUCGCGCUCCUCUGCAGGGCGGCCGUCGCCGAGAGAUUCCCGCCGAUCGCGGUGCCCCUCGCGGCGCAGCCCUCGCGGCCCCUCUACAAGAAGACCAUCCGCCACUGGAACUGGAAGUGGCGCGAGGGCGCGAACCAAGACCAGCGGCAGCUCAUCGCAAGGGCGAUGCGCUCUCGCGGCAACGGCAG